AUGGCAUUCUAUACAAACAACGAUCCGGUCAUGUGCAGAGCCUUCUCAUUAUCACUCAAGGAAGAGGCAUUGGAAUGGUGCAACACUCUUCCUUCGAACAUAGUGGAUUGCUUCGCCACUGUGGAAACCCUCUUUAGAAGACAAUACGCCUCCAAUCGAAAACAGAAGAUAACACCAGCAGAAUUGGUAAACACUAAACAGGAGAAAGGGGAAACUUUGAAGGCCUUUAUGAAAAGGUAUACCGAAACCGUGCGACGAGUUAAAGAGGUCAAUCACUCUUUUAUCAUUAACAAUUUGCUUACAUGCUUAAGGCCAGGAUACUUUGCUGAAAAAUUGUAUGCACGACCACCAAAAACGAUGGAAGAGCUCCAGGAGAGAGCGGCUGAGUUCAUCCGUAUGGAAGAGAUGCGAUUGUCACAAAGGAAGCGGCAACGAGAGGCUGAUGUAAGCGAAAGUAGAAGGGACGACAAGCGACCGUUCGACAGUAACGAUAAAAGUGGAGAGCUUCCCCGAACGUUCAAGUUUCACCAUUAUACAACCCUCAAUGCACCUAGGGCAAAAGUUCUCGAAGAAGCCCUCAAUGCGGAACUUCUCACACCUCAAAGGAAACCCUCUCCAAAAAACGCAGAUGAAAGGAAGAGUUGCAAGUACCAUCAGAAUCAUGGACACACAACGGAAGACUGCAUCACGCUAAAAAAUGAAAUAGAGAGUCUCGUUCGGGCGGGACACCUCCGUAGGUAUAUAAAAGAUACAAGAAGCCUUCCCCGGGAAGGAUAUUUGCAAAGAAGUCCCGAGCGGACAUACCGAAAGGACAAGAGAAGGUGGAUCUAUAGCCGCAGUCCAAAUUGUCAUCAUCGUGAACAAUCGCUCCGUGGAGUUAUCAACUGA